AUGUCCGCAUCCACGUCUACCGCCGAGCACGCCACUCGGCACGACGAGCAGAUCGCGCAUGCGCUUCGUGGAGAAGAUGCGGCGCUACAGACAGUGACGCCUGAAGAUGACGAUCCUUUUGAUUGGGAGAGCUACAUGUGAGCUUUGGCGAAUGCUGUCAGGGCACAUUGCAAGCAACGUGUCAUGCUGAGACGUUCUCAUCACUUUCUGACAUCCUCCAUCGCGCAACAGAUCGGCAUACAAGGGUGAGAUGUAGGGCCAAGACGCUCGCAAGGAGGCAGAAGCUAAAGUCGCAAUCUUGCCCUCAUCCCAUUUAUCCACCGCUCAUCAUCGCGUCCGCCGUCUAUGCAGGGCAAACGCAAAUUGCCCGGCUAUUGCACCUCGCCGAGAGGUCUGCAGCUCUGCGUCUCGUAUGCUCUCAAGCAGCCAUCGCGCUUCUGCGUCAAGGUCAAGACACGAAGCAGUACCUGUAUGCUUUCCGAAUACGCGAUUCAGCUGGUCCAGCAUCUGGCGCUGAACAUUUGCAAAGGGUAGACCACGCUUGGGUGCAACAGGUCGAUCUGGAGAAUGAAAAGGAGCUGGAGAAGCUGGAUAUCGAGCUGAGAGGCUAUCAGAACAACAUGAUCAAGGAAAGCAUUCGUGUGAGUCGGGGCAGCAGCUGCCCAGACGUCGGUCUCAUUUUGGCAUGCGUGUGCUGAUCAGUCUUACGCGCGUGCGCGCUCGCUCCUCGUGCUCGCUCAUCAAGAUGGGUCAUCGUGAUCUGGCGGAACACUUUAGAGCGACAGGCAGGAUGAGCGAAGCACUUCAAUGCUACCAAAAGACGAGGGAAUUCUGCUCCACCAGCGAACACGUUGUAGAAAUGUGUUUGGGUGUCAUCGAGGUGCGUCGUAGGCGUGCCUGGAUGGAUGACGACAAAGUCUCAUCAUUUCCAACACUCUCCUGUAGAUCUCGCUGGAGCUGCAAAAUUACACGAACGUCUCCACCUGGGUCUCCAAAGCUGAAGGUGUGCUGGAGACGUACAAUCCCAAUGCAGCGGCCGCUUCUUCCUCUGCUCGCAAGACGAGUGGUGCAGGUGCUUUGUCGUCAUCCGCGAGCGUGGCGUCCAAGGGAGGUCUAGGGUCAGGUGGAGAUGCUAUCGGCGCGCUCUUUCGCUCCGGCGGCUCUUCGACGAGAGAAGAAAUGGCUCGUGCUUCUACGUCCGCAACGAGCGCUGCCGCUCGAAGAGACCAAGCCACAGCUGACAGAGGAGUCAAAGAUCUUGCAGCUAGGCUGUCCAUCACCGCUGCGCUUGUCCAGCUGGGAAUGGGCAACUUUGAGAAAGCGGCUAGAAUCUGGCUCGGAUUGCCUGGCGAUGUCGCUUCGACUCGGUUGGCGGCAACUUAUGCGCAUGUAAGAGCAUGAGUGCGGCAUUUCCAACUCACACUGCGGAUGCUGACGGAGCUUUGGCACGCCACCCAAACUUGUGACUGCAGAUCAUGUCUCCUGCCGACAUUGCGCUCUAUACUGUUCUCUCUGCCCUCGCUACCUUUGAUCGAAGGAGGCUGAAGAGCGCGCUUGUGGACAGUGCAGCAUUUGCAGCCUUUUUGGAGCAUUCACCUCACUCUAGAGCUAUUCUAGAGGCCUUUUACGCUUGCGACUAUAAAGGGGGCUUGCAACUUUUACAAAAGUGGAAGGUGAGUGCGCGCGUGGUGUUGUUGACGUCUUCGACGUCGAAUGGGGGUUUGGAGCAAGCGACUGCCUGCCUGCCUUGCAAAGUAUGCUGAUGCGUUUCCUCGAUGUCUCGACAGACUCGGCACGAUCUGGACAUUCACCUUGGACCGCACGUACCAACGCUCAAGAUGAUGCUGAUCACUCGCAUGAUGCAGCAAUUUCUGCACUCGUUCGACAGCGUACGCGUCUCGCGCGUGGGCGACGCUUUUGGCUGGACGGAAGCCCAAACGCUUCCGGAGCUGAUUGGGCUGGUGCAGAGAGGAGAGGUUGAAGGAAGAGUGGACUUGAGACGAGGUGUGAUGGAAUUGGAGCAGAGGGACAAGAGGCAAGAGUUGUUUGAGGAGGCGAUCAGGAUUGGAGAGAAGAGGAUCAGCGCUGCUAAACGGCUGCUUUUGAGAUUGGAGAUGAUAGAGAAUGGGUGAGUAAGCGAUUUUAGGCUCGCGGCGAAGCGUCUAGCGUCUAGCUUGGCAUGCCAUCGUUGCCCGCGCUACCGACGCGACAUGCCUUGCACACUGCGCUCACAUCCGAGUGGCCGCGUGCGCCCUUUCAGACUCAUCGUCAGAGGCACUGGACCAACCGUGCCUCGAGGCGCCUGA